AUGGUCGUCGGGAUCCUCUUGGGGCAAUUCGCGCCGUCGUUUGCCCAACAGGCCGCGCCGCUGAAGAACCUCUUUCUGCGGUCCGUGCAGUUCAUUGUCUUCCCGCUCGUCUUCUCGUCGCUCGUGAUUGGCAUUGCCGACCAAAAGGACAUGAAACAACUCGGCCGCCUCGCGCUCAAGUCCAUCAUCUACUUUGAAGUCAUUGCGGCCUUAGCGCUCAUCUUUGGUCUCGUGGCGGCCAACAUUAUCAAGCCGGGAAAAGUCGGCCUCACGCAGGUCGACGACUACGAUGGACCGACCAAGUCGUCGUUCACGCUGGAAAAGUGGAUUGACCACUUGACCCCGAAGACGUGGGGCGAAAUGAUGGGCGGGAACGGCACGUCGGAACUUUUGCAGGUGCUCGUGGCAGCGAUUCUCACGGGGGUGGCCACGUCGCAGCUCGAAGACAAACACAAGCACCUGAUCAUUGACUUUGCUCGGGCCGUGCUCGAGAUGAUGUUCAAGUUUGUCGACAUUGUGAUCUGGACAGCGCCCAUUGGCGUCUGCUUUGCCAUUGCCAAUGCAGUGGGCACCAACGGUCUCUCGUCGCUCGGAAGUCUCGGCGCCCUCGUGGCCACAGUGUAUGGCACGAUCCUGCUCUUCAUCCUCCUGGUCUUUGGCACCGUGUGUCUGAUGUUCAAGAUCCCGUGCAUUGAGUUCCUAACAGCGAUGAAAGACCCGUUGAUUAUCGCCUACACGACCGCUACGUCCGAAGCUGCACUGCCCAAAGUGUUUGACUCGCUCGCGCGCUACGGCGUCUCGAAACACGUCUCAGGCUUUGUCGUCCCGUUUGGCUACUCGUUCAAUCUCGAUGGCUCGACGCUGUACCUCUCGCUUGGGGCCGUGUUCUGUGCCCAAGCCGCUGGCGUGGACAAGUCCAUUGGCGAGCAAGUGGUCAUGGUCUUGAUGCUCAUGAUCUCGUCGAAAGGCGUGGCGGGCGUGCGCUCGGCGUCGAUCAUUGUCAUUGCGUCGACGUUGGACCAAUUCGACGUGCCGUCGUGGCCCGUGGCACUGAUUCUGGGCGUCGACUGGAUCAUGGACAUGUUGCGGACGUUCACAAACGUGCUGGGUAAUUGCCUCGCGUCGGUCGUGAUGGCCAAGAUGGAGAACGAGUUUCGCACGGAAGAGUGGGUGCGGGAAUACCGCGAGUCGAGGAACAGCGACGAUAAGCUGCUGAUGAUGAUGGACGAGAAGAUCAGCCAUGCGUCAAUGGUGUCGGUUAUUCACGACGCUAGUUGCUGUUGA